CUACGAUUUUGAGCCCCUAUUCAAUUCCUUCACCCUCAGGAUUUCCAAUCUCUCUCUCCAAUGGCCACCGCGACGGCAUCUAAAGUCGAAAACCCUAAAACCACCACCGACCUCAAUUUAGCGCCAUCGCCCGUUGAAGAUGCCUCAUUGACUCACCAACUUCCUGAACUUCCAGGCGACCAAACAAAGGAGACUCCGGAUGCGGCGGCUGUGAAAACCAGCGACGUAGAUGGAGGCGAUGCGGCCACGGAUAUUCAGAAGAAGAUGAAGCGCGCGGAGCGGUUUGGGAUGCCGGUAAACCUUUCGGAAGAGGAGAAGCGCAAUUCUCGAGCCGAGAGGUUUGGUAAAGCUUCUGCUGCUGAUGGAUUGGAUUCGUCAAAGAAAUCAGAAGAUCUGAAAAGGAAGGCUAGAGCAGAGAGGUUUGGGAUUACCAAACCUGUAUCGGUUGAAGAGGAAGCUAAGAAAAAAGCUAGACUUGCUAGGUUUGGGUCAACUCCUGUGACUGAUUCAGUAGAGGAAGAUAAAAAGAAAGCAAGGGCACUCAGAUUUUCGCAGCCUCAGUCCAGCCCGAAGGCAAAUGGAGAAGGAAAUAUUGAGGUGAAGAAAGCAAUAUCUGGCAAGGCUGUUGGAGGAACCUAAAUUAACAUUGGUCUAUAAUUGAUAGAUGCGUAGGUUAGAGUAACGUCUUCAACUCCCCUACUGCCCUCUUACUGACAACCUGACAUGAACACCUGUUUGCAUAGCCAUGCAUUCCAUCUGUGAUUAACAAAUGAUUUUUGUUUUUUGUAAUUUGGACUUCUUUUGUUAUGGGUUCUUGGUGAUGCCUGCAACAAUCAACAGCCACCUCCUCUAUGUCAGUGCUUCUGAAUCGGCAUGCCAUCCAUUUCAAAAAUUAAAUGCAUUAAAAGGUCUUUUAGAUGUGUAGCUCUGUGUAAUUUUAUGCUUUUUUCUCCUGUUCAUACCUGCAUCUUGUUCUCUAACCACAAGCAUUGAUAUGCAUGAGUACUUUUGUAUGAACUGGAUAACAAAUAUUGGUUCAACAGGUUGUACCCAUAAAUUUUGGUCAUGUUGGUCCAUGAGAAGUCUUUUGUUAGGUUUUGCUAGAUUAUGUUUGAUCGAAUAUUUGCUACCCAAACUUGGCAUUGUGCUUGUAGUGUACUAUAUGCCCACCCGUGGCUUGCUUAUGUGGAAGUGACUGAUAAAAUCUUGGUUGAUGAUUUGCGUUUCAAAUAGUUGUUGUUUAGAGAUCUUUCAAAAUUAUCAACUUUUGAUAAGGUUAAUACUGGUUUACUCAACAGCUGUUUAAAACCAUCACCUUUUUUCUUCUCCUAUGUUAUUGACUCUGUGCUAUUUUUCCCGAAAAUUUCCUAGAAGUAUCUGAUCUGAUAGAUUUACUUCAAAAUGAUUUAAAACCUUCUAGUUUGUUUGAUGUUUUGGUAGUUUUAUUUUUUCAAAUUUGAAUGAUUGAUAAAUAUUUUCUUAUCAUAUGGUGUUUUUGAAAUGGUUGGCUUGUGCUUUGAGAUGAAUGCCAGUCAGGAGGUGGUCUGUGGUUGUCGAUCAUGCACCGUCAUGCCAGGUGAAUGUGUAGGAAUUAGUUGUUGCGACUACUUUGCAAUGCUAGCAAGGUUUCUUUUGCUUUCAGGUAGUAAUUCCUAGUUAGCAACGCAAGUUAGCAUGGAAUGCUUGGUGAACUUGUAAUAGUUUGGUUGGUCUGCUAGAGGGAUGUUUCUAGUUCUUUCUUCA